GAGGGAUUUAGAGGGGAGAGGGGAUUUGAGAGGCAGAGGGGAUUUAGUGGGGAGAGGGGAUUUAGGGGGCACAGGUAUUUGGAGGGAAGAGGGCAUUUAGAGGGGCACAGGGACUGGGGUGAGGAAGUGGGAUUCGGGGCACACAGGGAUUUGGGGGGACGCCCCCCGCGGGUCCCCAGGGCCUCACUGACCCCCUGCCCCCCCAUUCCCAGAGCACCUUCCGUGUCCUGGCUCCGCCCGGUCCCAGCCCGGGCUCCCGCUUUUCCCGCCUCUGGAAAUAUGUCCGAGGGAGUGGAUCUGAUUGACAUCUACGCCGACGAGGAAUUCACCCAGCAGGACCCGGAGUUCAGUAAUGCUGACCAGAUGGAUCUCUACGACGACGUGUUAGCAGCCAGCUCCCAGCCCCAGGAAAAGCGUUCCAGCAGCUCGGAAGCGCCUCCGGAGAUCCGUCAGGAGCCGUCUCCCAAGCCCAACAGCAAACCCCCAGCCAUCCUGUACACCUACAGCGGGCUCCGGAACAAGAGGGCCGCCGUCUACGUCGGGAGCUUCUCCUGGUGGACGACUGACCAGCAGCUGAUCCAGGCCAUCCGCUCCAUUGGAGUCUACGACGUGGUGGAGCUGAAAUUCGCGGAGAACCGAGCUAAUGGCCAAUCCAAGGGGUACGCGGAGGUGGUGGUCGCCUCCGAGAACUCAGUCCAUAAACUCCUGGAGCUGCUUCCCGGAAAGAUCCUGAAUGGAGACAAGGUGGAGGUGAGGCUGGCGACCCGGCAGAACCUGUCGCAGUUCGAGGCUCAGGCUCGCAAACGUGUGCCGCCGCGGGCUCACUCCCGGGAUUCCAUGGAUGCAGUGGACGGCCGGGCGACGCCGACAGAGAACGCGCUGCCCCCCGCCCGCAUGGAGAAGCCCCCCUCGGUCCUGCCCUUCUUCAGCCGCCCCCCUGCGCUGCCCCUCAUGGGGCUACCCCCGCCUCCCAUGCCCCCUCCGCCUCCCCUCUCCUCCGCUUUUGGAGUCCCUCCGCCUCCUCCUGGAAUUCCCUACCAGCACCUGCUGCCACCGCCGCCCCGGCUGCCCCCGCCCCUGGCCGUGCCCCCCCCAGGGGCUGUGCCCCCCGCCCUGCACCUCAAUCCCGCCUUCUUCCCGCCGCCCACCGCCGCCCUGGGACCCCCUCCGGAUACCUACGGCAAGGCCAUGGCUCCAUACAACCACAGCAGCCGGGAGCUGGGCCCGCCGAUCCCGGCCGUGAGCGAAGGCGAGUUUGAGGAGAUCAUGAACCGCAACCGCGCCAUCUCCAGCAGCGCCAUUUCCAAGGCGGUGUCCGGCGCCAGCGCAGGCGAUUACAGCAACGCCAUCGAGACGCUGCUCACAGCCAUCGCUGUCAUCAAGCAGUCGCGCGUGGCCAGCGACGAGCGGUGCCGCGUCCUCCUCUCUUCCCUCAAGGAUUGCCUGCAUGGAAUUGAGGCCAAAUCCUACAGCAGCAGCUCCAGCAGCAGCUCCAGGAAAAGACACCGAUCCCGGGAGCGCUCUCCCAGCCGGUCCCGCGAGAGCAGCCGGCGGCACCGGGAUCUGCUCCACAGCGACGAUCGGCACGAGGAUUAUUUCCCGGAGCGGAGCCGGGAGCACGAGCGGCAUCGGGACAGGGACAGAGACAGGGACCGGCACCACUGAGACAGGAUGCCGUGCCCGAGGCUGCUCCGCCCCAUCCCGGUCCCUUCCUCGCCACCACAGCCCCUCUGGGCGGGACCCCCGCCCGCACCUCGUGGCCUUGGGAAUCCCCCCCACCACUGCUGCUGCUUCCUGGGGCCAUCCCGCUCCGCUCCGUGGAUAUUCGGACCCAAAGAGAAAUGGUGCUUUUAUUCCAUGGAGGGAGGUUUGUGAGCCCUUCCCAGUUUGGGGGGGAACCGGAGGAGACGGAGCCCUCCCUGUGCAGCUUGGGGACUUGGAGAUGCACAGCUCCCGAUCCUGGGAUCAGGAGCCGUGUGCCAUCCUCUGGAUUGCCUGGGGACACUCGCGUCCCCAUCGCCCUGGUGGGACACUGUGCCACACUCCUCCUUUGCCCCUUCACCCUCCAGGAGCUGGGAAAAAGGGGCUGGAGCUGGGUUGGGGGUCAUCCUCUCUAUCCUGACAUUCCCCACAGCAGCAUUCCCACCCAAACGGCAGCUCCGGCCUCUCCCGCAGAGCCUUCCUUGUUUUAGAGGAAGCGGAAGAGGCAGGGCAGGCUGUGACCCCCUUGUGUCCCCUCAGAAUCCCAAGAAGGAGAGGGAGGGAGAGCCCAGGAGGGUCAGUAUGAGCCGGGACACACGGGGUGACUUUCAGGGCUGGAAUCACACUCAGGUGGGAAAACCCAGGCCCUGGAAGUCUUUUUAAGUUGAAAUAACCCAAAUUCAGGAAAAACCACCCCGAUUUUCCCAAGCCCCACGAGGUGGGAGCACUCGGCGGGAGAGCUCCGGGUUUUUUUUUUACUUACCGCCACAGAUUUUUAGUUUCUUUCCAAAUAGUGGAGGGGGAAAAAGAUUCCCCCAUAAAUUGCAGAGCAAAUCCCUGGAAGCCCCGGCGAGGCGCCGCCCCUCCUGCUCGCAGUGAUUAGAUUUGUCUUUGGAUAGGUUGGAAUUGUGUAAUAAACUCAGAUGACGUUGUCAGUCUUUUA